AUGGGCUCGGUGUCCAACCAGCAGUUUGCAGGUGGCUGCGCCAAGGCAGCGGAGAAGGCGCCAGAAGAGGCGCCGCCUGACGCGGCCCGAGCGGCAGACGAGCCGCAGCUGCUGCACGGGGCCGGCAUCUGUAAGUGGUUCAACGUGCGCAUGGGGUUCGGCUUCCUGUCUAUGACCGCCCGCGCCGGGGUCGCGCUCGACCCCCCGGUGGACGUCUUUGUGCACCAGAGCAAGCUACACAUGGAAGGUUUCCGAAGCCUCAAGGAGGGAGAGGCAGUGGAGUUCACCUUUAAGAAGUCCGCCAAGGGUCUGGAAUCCAUCCGAGUCACUGGCCCUGGUGGUGUGUUCUGUAUUGGGAGUGAGCGGCGGCCAAAAGGGAAGAACAUGCAGAAGCGAAGAUCCAAAGGAGACAGGUGCUACAACUGUGGUGGGCUAGACCAUCAUGCCAAGGAAUGCAAGCUGCCACCGCAGCCCAAGAAGUGCCACUUUUGCCAAAGCAUCAACCAUAUGGUGGCCUCAUGUCCACUGAAGGCCCAGCAGGGCCCCAGUUCUCAGGGAAAGCCUGCCUACUUCCGGGAGGAAGAGGAAGAGAUCCACAAUCCUGCCCUGCUUCCAGAAGCACAGAAUUGA